AUGAGCGAAAUCAUCUUUUUGGAUCACGACCGCAGCAAAGAUGACGAGUCUCGACGCCAGGUCCGUUCGAAAGCAGCGCAGCAUAGCCAUAGGUUUGGUCCUCGGAAACCUAAAGCUAGAAAGCCAACGACAAGGCCCUCAGGUAAAAGGAAGGUUUCAGGUUCAGAAGCCUCGUCAUCGAGAAGGGGUUCGGCUAUCAGCCUCGCAAAAGCAGCGACUUCAGCGAGCAGAGAUGUCUCGGAGGACGAGGUGCAGCGAACAGACCACGAGACUCGGCACUCGACUCCCUUGACGGAGCGAAGGGCGUCAAUACCACGGCUUGGCUCUUAUGCGGACGAACCAUUUGACAGCUAUCCAGUACCCGCGCAGCCAUGGUUUGGAGAAGCUCUCUACAACAUGGGACACUUCAUGCGGCGAGGAUGGUCGUCCCUGCGAGCAACGCCUGCCGAACAAGACGAAACGUUACUUUGGGUGAGGCGUUUGACUCUUAGCGAACCCGCCUACUUUUAUAUGAACAUGCUCUCGCUCAUGGGCGAUCUUGUCUCCCGACAACAAAACGAUCCCAGACUGCUGGUUUGGUUGACAACGCAAGUCGUCGGUUCCGUGAACGAGGCCUUGAGCGAUCCUGCGAGAUCCCUCGCAGUCGGCACGGUACUCACCGUGGGCCGACUCGCUCUUCGAGAGAUCGUCAUUGGGGACAUGAACUCUGGCAUCACCUAUCACCGAACUGCCUUCGCCAGGAUGAUCGUCAUGGCAGGAGGUCUGGACGUUUUGGGACUCCCUCGCUUGGUCCGUUCGCACUUGGGUUGGGCUGAUAGACUUAUGACCCGCAAGACUGGAAUCAAGAUAUCUCAAAUGGAGCCUUCGCUCUUGGAUGAGCCUACGUUUGCGGCAAGCGGUAUGAAUGGCGAUGUUGGUGACGAUACGAGGGUGCUGGACGCGUAUUUGCCUUAUCGAACGAGGAAGCCUGGAAGUCCUCCAGCGGAGGCGAUGGAAGAAGCAGCCUCCACUGGAAUAGAGCGUUCAAGACCGAUUGGCCGAUGA